CGAGCGGCGCUGGGCGAGCCCGAGUCCCUCCGCGCCCCGCGAUCGGGGGGCUCUGCACAGGGGUCACUGCGCCAGCCGAGCCGGGCACCCUCCGCGCCUCCCGCCAGCCACGGACAUGGACAUGAAGAAAAGGAUCCACUUAGAGCUGCGGAACAGGACGCCCUCAGAUGUGAAAGAGCUCGUUCUGGACAACUGCAGGUCAUUUGAAGGGAAAAUCGAGGGCCUCACGGAUGAGUUUGAGGAGCUGGAAUUCCUCAGCACAAUCAACGUCGGCUUAACCUCAGUCGCAAAUUUACCAAAGUUAAACAAACUCAAGAAGCUCGAGCUGAGCGACAACAGAAUCUCAGGAGGCCUGGAAGUGUUGGCAGAGAAGUGUCCGAACCUCACGCACCUAAACCUAAGCGGCAACAAAAUUAAAGAUCUCGGGACAAUAGAACCUCUGAAAAAGUUGGAAAACCUGAAGAGCUUAGACCUGUUCAACUGUGAGGUGACCAACUUGAACGACUACAGAGAAAACGUCUUCAAGCUGCUGCCGCAGCUGACGUACCUCGAUGGAUACGACCGGGAUGACAAGGAAGCGCCGGAUUCCGACGCCGAGGGAUACGUGGAGGGCCUGGAUGACGAGGAGGAGGAUGAGGAUGUUUUAUCCCUAGUGAAAGACCGGGAUGACAAGGAAGCGCCGGAUUCCGACGCCGAGGGAUACGUGGAGGGCCUGGAUGACGAGGAGGAGGAUGAGGAUGAGGAGGAAUACGAUGAUGACGCUCAGGUAGUGGAGGACGAGGAGGAUGAGGAGGAGGAGGAGGAAGGGGAAGAGGAGGAUGUGAGCGGAGACGAGGAGCCUCCCCAGUCCACCCCCGAGGCUCCGGAGGAACGCGCUCCAAUAAAUCCCGGUUUUCCCGGAGUCGGGAAGGGCAGCCCCGUUGCCAGGCGCAGCUCGGGAAUUCCCGGCCGUUCAGUGCCGGAUUCCUGCUGUUCCAUCCCGAACCGGCCCCCCUGGGAAGCGGCUCCAAGGCCUCGGGAAAAGGGCUGUCGGGAAGGAUCCCGGGCCGAUGCCGAGCUUCUCAUCCCGCUUUUCCUUGUCCUCGCAGGAGGACGAGGAAGGCUACAACGACGGCGAGGUGGACGACGAGGAGGACGAGGAGGAGGCCGAGGAAGAGCGGGGCCAGAAAAGGAAACGAGAGCCGGAGGACGAGGGCGACGAGGACGACUGAGGCGCCCCUUCCUUCCCGGGAGAUUCCCUCUUGUGAUUUGACUGUUUUUAUCCCGGAAUUCCCUCUUUUCCCACCUCCCGACCCUUUGGAAUUCCUUUUCUUUUCCCGAUUUUUUUUUUUUUUUUUUUUUUCCGUUGGUUUUUUUUUCCGGAUUGUAACGUUGCUGUGGGAACCGAGCGAGGGUGGGCACGGGAAUAAAAUCCUAUUUUUACUGCCA